AUGAACAUGAUUAUUAGAAAUAUCAAAUUAUGCUCAUUCAAGGUACGUCGAUAUGAUGAUUUCCAAGGAAUAGUAAGAAGGUAUAAUUUUUCCCUCAUAAAAAAUGUAGAUGAGUUGAAAAAAGCUAUUUUUAAUUAUUUCCAUUCAUCGAACAACUUGGUUGAAAGGAGAAAGGAGCAUGAAAAAAAAAUAAAAAACAUUUUUGAAGAAUACCUGGGUGGGUAUCCAAACGAAGAUCAAAUGAUACAUCUUUGCAUGCCCUCCGGUGAAGAAAGCAUAUUAGACGAAAAAUUGCGAGACAUGAAACAACAUGCACAGGAUAGGCGAAAGAGUGAUCACAUGAUUGGCCAUGAGAAUUGCAGUGCGAGUGGAGAAGGGAAUAACGGCGCACAUGUUGAUAAGAACAAAUUUGGAGUGAUGAAAAAAAAGCAGGUGGAAGACUUUGCACAAAGAACUGAGCUUCUGAGAAUUUUAUGCACGUGUGGCAUUCGAGUAUCACCAAAAAUUUUGCUAUAUUACACAUCAGAAGCAGUAGUAAAUCUUAGAACCCGCUUGGAAAAGCACAUGAAUGACAUUAUUAAAUAUGAGGAAGUAACAGAGUUAGAAAAAUAUGAACGUGUUAAUAACUAUUACUACGAUAGGGAGAAGGUAAAUGUUUCAUUUAUACACAUGUACAAAUCGUUAGCUAAUACUCUAUACAGUAUCUGUGAAAACACAAUUGAACCGAAUGAAUCAUAUGAAUCUAUGAAAGAAGAAAUUGUGCUAAAUUAUCUGAAUCUAGAUGAUAUUGUGAGAAAAGCACCGGCUUUUCUAAAUAUUAGCAUCCUCCUUUUUUUAGUCAAUUCUUACAUCUGGAUGGGUAAAAAUACAAAAAUGAAAAACUUAUGUAUUGACAUUAUGAACCCAUAUAUAAAUUCUAUAUCGGAUGAUGAAAUGAAUAUAUCUACUGACGAUAAACAUUACUUAAUUCUAGCGCUACGCCUCUAUUUCACCAGCUUUUUAUAUAGUACUGAUAUAUUAAACCAGUUAACCAGCUAUAACAAGAGAUUCAUCUCAUCAAUUUUACUCGUACCUAACCAUUUGGAGAUGUCAAACACAGAACAAGAUGAAAAAUAUUUGUACAUAACACAGUUCCUUAACAGACAUGACAGAAAGGUAGAGUUGAAAAAAGUAUAUAUUUCUCCAUUUUUUUAUUCCCUGUCUUCUUUGAAAAACCGUGUAAUCUACAUUAUGGAAUCACACGACCAUUACUACACCAAUGAAAGGGACACUCUGCGAAGCUUCGUCCUUUGGAGACAUUACAUCUGUGCUAAGGAAGGUUUCAAGAUGGUACGUCUAUGUCAACGAGAUGAGUAUGUUGAUUUGUUUACAGAAAAGAAGAGAGAUCAAAUUUUACAUGACCAAGUGAAUAAAGAUGUUUAUGUUUAUGAUUGUGAUGAGAUAAUUCGGUCAAAUGUUCAGAAACACGGAAAGGGUAAAAAUUUAGAUUAG